AUGAACUACUUUACCCCUGUCUUUCGAUGCGAGGUGGAGGGGAUUGCUGAAACCAAGUGGCUGGGAGGUGGGAUAGAUACCAAGAUAGACAUGAGCGCGACUCCGACUAAUGAGGUUUCUGAAUUCCGAGUUAGGCGGAGCCCAAGACUCGUUGAUCGCUGCCUCGAUGCCAUGGUCCGCUUUUCCGGAUCUGUACCGGUCUUUCUCACAAUCCUCGCCGGUCUGUUAACGUGGGCUAUGUUGGGAAUUCGCUUUGGAAACGCAAGCGUCUGGAUUGCUUCUAUUUCCGACGUUCAAGCUAUUCUUUGUUACGUUUUCGAUUCGUUCAUCAUGCGUCAGCUCCUGCGCCAGUAUUCCGAGCAGCGCGAAGCCAUCGUUGAGCUCCAGUCCCGGAGUCACAGUCAUCAACGCAUGCUCGCCAACGUCAAGAGGAAGCUAGGACAGGACGGUAUCCGUCGAGUCGCCGACAAGUGCAACACGGAGCCUCUUGAGCCGAUAGAUUACAGUUUGGACUCUCAGGGUGUCAUGGCAUGGGGUAUCAUGUAUUCCGCCAGGGCGUUCGGGCAUGUCCUCAGCUCUCUCCUCUUCUGCGUCUGUGUCGUGAUUUGGCUGGGCUUCGGUCCGCAUUGCAGCUGGUCCAACCGGUGGCAACUCUACAUCAACGAUGCCACAUCAGCGAUGAUGAUUCUGGUGUUUGCAUUUCUCGCUUGCCUUCGAGAACGCAACGCAGAUUCAAAUAACACCUCUCUUGACGCCAUCUUCCGUCUCGAUUUGAGCCUCGAGAUGCAGCUUCGCUGCUUGACCAAGGAUGAUCUACCUAAUCCUGUGGCGGUUGACCCCCCACCCAAAGAGAAUGUCCUGCAGGUGGUGAUCUUCUACUACGCGGACAUUGUUGGAACCCUGGUGGGCCUCAUGCUCCUCGUGCUGGUGAUCAUCGCCUGGGCUGCGGUCGGCCCUCUCCUCCACUAUGACAGUAACUGGUGGCUCCUGAUCGGAACAUAUGCCGGCCUGGUGGGUCUAUUUGACAGCUUUGUUCUUCGUAAUGUCCAAAGCAAGGUGCACCAGUACAUCAAAGGCCAGAUGAGUAUGGUUUUGAUUGCAGAUGCGGCGCUGCUGACGGAUCUCUCCCUUGCUACCUCUCCCACCGCAGCCCAACGCCCGUCUCUCAGCCAGACAGUCUCCCGCCGAAUGGAUGCGAUUACCUCCCAUAUUCUCAUGGUUAUGGCAGGCCUUCUCCUCACUCUCGGAUGCGUGGUCGCGUCCAGCGCUAUGAAGUGGAGUCUAACCGGACAGUUGAUUUCCAACGUACCGCCCAGCAUCAUCGAGACGUUCUUCAUGUUGAUACUCAUCAAUGGUCAGAACGACGCCGAGGCCCGCACCCACCGGCUGUUGUUCUUCACGCGGCAUGCAAAGGAACUUUUGGAAAUGCACGGGCUUUCAGACACCGCUAAAAUGCCUACGCCGUGA